UGUUUCAUUUUGUGGUUUCCUCUUUUAUAUUUUAGUCGUAAAUAUUUACAAAUCACUUGUUAUGAAAAAUGAGACAGAUGCCAGAGAAGAUUAUCACGUGUUAAAAACGUCUGAAAUACAUCUCAAACGCAGGUUCGGAGUCUCCGGAUACUUAAACCGUUGCGCUUAAUGUGCACUCUGGUAUCAGCAUAUGACGGGUCUUUUACAUGUGACAGUUAAGCAGCGUUUGCCGGUAUUAAAAUAGUCACCAUAUGAUCUCAUACUAUGUCAUUCAGGCUGCUGGAGAGGGUAGGCGUCAUCCUUCAGUAUUUCCCGUGCUGCAGCACAGGCGGGAGAAUCAAACAGCAUUAAAAGAAUCUGUUGGACAGAUACACCUGAGGAAACAACGCACUACAAAGUCACGUGACCAGUCCUGGAUUGUCAGAAGAUUGGGGGAAAACAUGAGCUCUGAUGAAGAUGUGGCAGCUGCAUCCAGACAUAUUCAUUUUAUAGGAAAGAAAGAGAAUAUCAUUCAAGCAAGACGAGUGGUGAAGUCAGUUGGUGAAAGAGAUAUUCUGGUGAUUUACCACCAGGGGGACUUCUAUGCUAUUGAUGUGCGCUGCUACCACUCUGGAGGUCCACUUCAGGAAGGAGAUAUAGAGGACUUUGAUGGACGGACAUGUAUAGUGUGCCCGUGGCAUAAGUAUAAAAUUACAUUAGCUGAGGGUGAGGGUCUCUAUCAGGCAGUGGACCCUUCUGUGAAGCCCCUGAAGCCAACCUGGUGCUCUAAAGGCAUUAAACAAAGAGUCCAUUCAGUGACAGUAUCUAAUGAAGACGUGUUCCUCACCUUAAAUGACUCUCCAGGACCCAUUGACUCUGAUCACUAUCAAACUGAAAAAUAUAGAAACACUUUCCUGAAAGAUGGGCAGAAGAAAACGAAGUGACCUCACAGGAAGAGAUAUGAGAUAAGUGAGUGUCUCAUGAAUCAGUUGAUCAGCAGACGUGUUCUAGUUAAGCUAUAAAGCUGGUCUAGCUGGUUUGAAACAGGUCUAAGAUGGUCAACCAACUCUGAUUAACAAUGAUGAUUUUAGACCAACAAAAAUCAGCUACGAUGUCCCAAAACCAUUUUUCAGUUUUUACUCCUCUGGGGCCCAUUCCAAUAUAUUUUGGCACUUUCCAAGUGCGUUUUAAUGGACAAAUACACUACCAGUCAAAGAUUUUUUUUUAUGUUUUUUAAAGAAGUCUCUUUUGCUCACCAAGCCUGCAUUUAUUUGAUACAAAGUACAGCAAAAACAGUAAAAUUUUGA